UGGUUGAGAAAAAGCAUAACAAAACCCCACGUUGUAGUGAGGUUGAGGGGAAAAACAAUGGGGUCUCUAAUGGCCUCCUCCGCCACACUUACUCUGCUAUUCUCAUUACUGUCUUUAACCUUCCCUUCUCAAAUCUCAGCUGAUAACUACUUGUACUCAUCACCUCCACCACCUAAGAAACCCUAUUAUUAUCACUCUCCUCCUCCUCCUUCACCACCUCCACCAAAAAAACCAUACUACUACCACUCUCCACCACCACCUUCACCUCCUCCACCCAAGCCAUAUUACUACCAUUCUCCUCCACCACCUUCCCCACCUCCACCUAAGCCAUACUACUACCACUCACCACCACCACCACCACCCAAAAAGAAGCCAUACUACUACCACUCUCCACCACCACCUUCACCACCUCCACCUAAGCCAUACUACUAUCACUCACCACCACCUCCUUCACCACCUCCACCUAAGCCAUACUAUUAUCACUCACCACCACCUCCUUCACCACCUCCACCUAAGCCGUACUACUAUCACUCACCACCACCACCCCCACCCAAGAAGAAGCCAUACUACUAUCACUCUCCCCCACCACCUUCACCUCCUCCACCUAAGCCGUACUACUACCAUUCUCCCCCACCACCCUCACCACCUCCACCUAAGCCUUACUACUACCAUUCUCCCCCGCCACCUUCACCACCUCCACCCAAACCAUAUUACUACCACUCACCACCCCCACCUCCACCGAAGAAGAAACCAUACUACUACCACUCUCCACCGCCACCUCCUCCGAAGAAGCCUUACUACUACCACUCACCACCUCCUCCUCCCAAGAAGCCCUACAAAUACCCAUCUCCCCCACCUCCAGUGCACCCUUAUCCCCAUCCUCACCCCCAUCCCCACCCACACCCCCACCCUCACCCUCACCCUCACCCUCCCUACAAGUACCCAUCUCCACCACCACCAGUCCACCCUUACCCUCACCCGCAUCCACACCCACACCCACACCCUCAGCCCCACCCCCAUCCACACCCACACCCUCCCUACGUGUACCCCUCUCCUCCUCCACCCCCUAAGAAGCCUUACAAGUACCUGUCGCCUCCACCUCCUGUCCACCCAUACCCCCACCCACACCCUCUUCCACACCCACACCCCCACCCUCUUCCCCACCCACACCCACACCCUCUUCCUCACCCCCAUCCUUUGCCCCACCCGCACCCUCUUCCUCACCCUCAUCCUCCUUACAUUCCCCACCCAAUCUAUCACUCUCCGCCACCACCCCCUUACAAGAAGCCCUACAAGUACAAGUCCCCUCCUCCACCACCCCCGCACUACAUCUACGCAUCGCCUCCCCCUCCUUACCACUCUUAGACGGUGGUCAACUAGGAUAGUUCUAUGGAUGUGAAGAAUAUGUGGGACAAAUAAAGAAAGCGAUGGAAAGAAGGGCGUCUGGCUUGGUGAUGCACGAAAGAGAAAAAUGGAAGCAAAGUUUCCGCGUUUUGUCUUUCAUAAAAAGAUGUUUAAAUUGUUUUCUAUGAUAGGGUUUGUUUCUGCUAUUUUACUUUUAUUUAUGAAUUUGGUGUAUUUUAACAGUUGUAAAGCACUGCGCUCUGCGGCAUCAUUUUCGGUCAUAAUAGUACAACCUAUCAUGCUCUGUAGUUUUCAACCAGCUGCGUUUGCAGGGGUUGUAAAACUAUUCAAAUAUAAUUAAAUAAAUUAUAAUCUCUUUUCCGCAA